AUGCCAGAAAAUAGUCCUGAAAUUAAAAAAAAACUAGUUUAGAUAAAUGGAGGAAAUCUUGUUUAAUGCGGGCCAUUAAUUAAAGAUAGAGAGAAAGCUUUGUAAGAAGUACAUUAAGUUAAAAAUGCCGAAAUUGUUCAUCCUUAUAAUGAUUUUGCAGUUAUUUAGGGAUAAGGGACUAUUUCUUUGGAGAUUUUUGAAUAAAUUUGCAGUGAAAAUUUUAUUGAUUUUAUUAUUGUGCCGGUUGGUGGCGGAGGAUUACUUUCCGGGACUUGUAUAGCCACAAAGGGGAUUUCACCUAAAACUAAAGUAGUGGCAGCUGAACCUUUUUUGGCAAGAGAUGCUUAUAUUUCACUACAAACUGGGAAUAUACACCCUUAAUUACCUCCUGUGACUAUUUGUGAUGGUAUUAGAACAUCUUUAGGAGAUAAAACUUUCAAAAUUAUAAAAAAAUAUUGUGAUGGAAUUUUUUUAGUGGAUGAAUAGGAGGUUGUUUUGGCUACUAAUUUAUUAUGGGAAAGGUUAAAAAUUAUUGUAGAACCAUCUAGUGCUACAGUUUUAGCAGCAAUAUUAAAAUAUAAAAAUGUUUUUGAAGGAAAAAAUGUAGUGGCAGUUAUUUCGGGGGGAAAUGUGGAUAUUUAAUAUAAACCACCUGGUUUAUGA